UGAAAUUCAUUUAUAUUGGCUUUUGCAUAAUAAAUUUUCAAGUCAUAUUAUUUAUUUUCCGGCACAAAAUUACUAAUUGAUGGUUGGAUUAUUUACGAUAAUGUAACUUUUAUGUAUAUCUCAUCCAUUUAAAUAAUGUUUCCAUGCAAAUUACCAUUUUAUAUUUCUCCCGCCAUUUAUUUAAACACGUUCCACCGGAAAUUUGUCUAUAGAUGCGUUUGUUUCCGAAAAGUGAACGUUUCACGAGUCAACAGCAACGUCUUUCGAGAAGUUCUAGGCGCUGUGUGUGACAUUUUUCGUUCAUUUAUCCGUCAUCCAAUGUUUAAUGUGAUGAAAUAACACGUUGGUUAGCGUAUAUUUACGAUAUUAGUGUUCAUAGACGUAAUUAAGUAAUCUUACGAUUACGAUAUAAGCUAAUAUGGGCGACGAAAGCCACCCGAAAACUCUCUACGUCGGUAAUUUAGACGCGAGUGUGACAGAAGAUUUCCUAUGCGCGUUAUUUGGACAAAUAGGCGAGGUUAAAGGCUGUAAGAUAAUUCGUGAGCCUGGUAAUGAUCCUUAUGCAUUUCUCGAGUUUACAAAUCAUUCGGCAGCGGCUACAGCCCUGGCCGCCAUGAACAAACGAGUGUUCCUCGAUAAAGAAAUGAAGGUUAACUGGGCUACGAGUCCUGGCAAUCAGCCGAAGACGGAUACUAGCAAUCACCACCACAUAUUUGUUGGUGAUCUAUCGCCGGAGAUCGAGACCCAUAUAUUGCGUGAGGCUUUUGCACCUUUCGGUGAGAUAUCAAAUUGUCGGAUAGUCCGCGACCCACAAACGCUCAAAUCUAAAGGGUACGCUUUUGUUUCAUUCGUCAAAAAAGCCGAUGCUGAAGCUGCAAUCCAAGCUAUGAACGGGCAGUGGUUAGGCUCACGUUCCAUACGCACGAACUGGUCAACUCGUAAACCACCAACCAAUAGACCAAACGAGGGCGCGCCGAGUAGCAAGAGAGCCAAACAGCCAACCUUUGAUGAAGUUUACAAUCAAAGCUCACCAACAAACACAACUGUUUACUGCGGAGGAUUCACAAGCAAUGUAAUUACUGAGGAAUUAAUGCAAAGCACAUUCUCACAAUUUGGCCAGAUACAAGAUAUAAGAGUGUUCAGGGAUAAGGGCUAUGCGUUUAUUAGGUUCACAACAAAAGAGGCAGCAGCUCAUGCCAUUGAAGCUACUCAUAAUACAGAAAUUAGUGGGCACACAGUCAAAUGUUUCUGGGGUAAAGAAAACGGAGGAGGUGAUAAUCAGAGUACGAAUAAUGCACCACCUUCUGCACCAGCUACCAUGGGAGCACAAACACAAUACCCAUACCCAUACCAGCAAGGCAUGGGUUACUGGUAUGCCCAGGGUUACCCCGCGUUACAAGGCUACAUGCCGCCUGGGUAUUAUCAGCAGUACGCGGCCGCCUAUAGCAGCCCGCAAGCGGCAGCGGCAGCCGGGUACCGCAUGAGCAUGCCCGGGGGCGGGGGUGCGGGCGCGGGCGGCGCGGCAUGGGGCGGGGCGCCGCCCGUCAUGUACGCGAGCGCCGCCAUGCCCUCCGCGCAGUACCCCUCGCAGUAGCCCCGCGACCACGACCGCGACCGCACACUACCGCGAACCGCGCGCGACUGAGAAUACACACCCCCUACUCUACUCCCCCCGGCACACGACACGCGACCUCGAAUGAAAACAAACGACUGUCGCCUCACUGAGUGUGACGUCAGCUAUCCGCAGCCGCGCGAUUGUAAACAGACGACUGUCGCUUGUGACGGCAGCCAUCGGCGGCCGCGCGAUUGAAAACAAACGACUGUCGCCUCACUCAGUGUGACGUCAUCUAUUCGCAGCCGCGCGAUUGAAAACAAACGACUGUCGC